GAUCGGCGCGUCCGGAGGGCUCAGCCGGUCUGCUUCGUCCACACCCCGAGCUCCACACCCGUCGGGCCGGAAGCCGAGUGCUCGUUCUUGGGGGGACCGGGUUCCCCCAGGUGUGCGGCGGCGCUGGCGGCCGCGCUCUGGGCGAUGCCGGGGAGGAAGGCGCGUCCGAGCGCGCCGUGGAACGCGUCGCUAUCGCGGCCGGAGUGGGAAGUUGAGUGUGUGGCUCAACUCCGCAGAAUUGGAGACAAAUUAAAUUCUCCUGAGUGUGGCCCAGAGAUCCUUGGCUUGCUGGAGGAGAUGCCUGGGAAGCGGGCGCAGAAAGGCGCUCCACCGAGCCCCCUUCCGAUGCCGGCAGAACUGGAAGCUGAGUGCAUUCAAUUCAGGAGAAUUGGAGAUAAAUUGAAUUUCCGGCAGAAACUUUUGAAUUUGAUUUCUAAACUCUUCAGCUUAAUAACCUGACUGCUUUAAAAUACCCAUGUGAGGGGACUCCUUGAAAGAGGAAGUUUCCCCGUGGCUGCACAUUUCAACUGGAGAUGAAAUUGCCUGGUCAUUGACAGGAAUGUAAAGGAAAUUUCUCUGGCUGCUAGCUGCUUUUGCAAAGGGAAGCUGCAAUGUAGCAGAGAUGAAUUUCUGCAAGGAAGUUCCCGAAUAUCACGAUGGAGUUGUGAGAACCUCGUAAAACCACUUUAUUUUAAAUAAGCAUGGAAGAGCCUUGAAAAUA